AUGUUUAAGAUCAAACGAAAAUCUCAAUCACCAUCGACAUUACCCUCAUCAAGCAAUGUUAGUCGUAGUACUUUAUUUGUUUCGUCUUCUUCUGCUUGCUCUACUCGUCAUUACUAUAAUAACGUGUCAUUAUCAUCAUCGAAUUCUGUCUCUCCACAAUCAACCGUUUAUAAGAAACUUCAACGUCAACAACGUAUUGAAGAAAAUGCCGCAAACAAUCGAUCCACAACACGUGCGAAACAAUUUCUUGGCUAUUUUCGUUGUUGCUGCUAUCAUUUUUGUUCAUGCACAUGUGAAUGUUCCAUUCCGUCAAAUCUAUCUCAAAAUGAUAAUACUUCAUCAAUAUUUAACAAGAAAAUUUGCGCAAAUCAUUUACGUCGAUAUAUAUCCGAACGAGUCUUAAUUGAAAGAAAAACUAGUAAACAUUUUCUUCCUAAAUUAAGUUUCCUUUUCCUUUUAUUCUCCUGUCUAUUUCCGUUAACGAUUGCGACCACAUUGUCACCAUCGCCAAUAACAAUUGCAAAUCGUGACAUAUAUAUCUUCAGUGAUUUCGGUUUAAAUACUUCCAUAAACUUUUUACUCUAUCGAAAACCGCAAUGGCAUGCCGGAUGUUGCUUACGUUCGAAAGACACACAAUCGUCCGUCUGUGAUGUUCUAUUUAAUUCGACAUUUAAUGUAACGUAUGAAAAUAAUCUAAUAGAAAAAAUUUAUAAUGUAGAUUUUCUUAAUAAUCAAACAUUAUUUUGUCAACGUUAUAGCGAAUUUCGUCAUCUAUCACGAAAACACUUAGCUGUAUUUACAUAUUUUACUGUUACAAUUGGUAUACUAUUAAAUACAUUUGUUUUUCUUGUUUUAAUAUUUGGUUCAUUAAGACGAUCGACAUCAUUUACAUUAUUUGUUGCUUUAACAUGUUUCGAUUUAUUAAGUUUAGCGUCAAGUCUAUUCGCACAAUUAUUUCGUACUGUAAUGCCUUUUUUAAAAAAUUCGGCAUUAUUUUGCAAAAUGUUUGGAAUAUUCUUUUUAUAUUUCCGUCAAUGUUCAUCAACAACAUUAUUAUUAAUUGCUAUUGAACGUUGCAUUGUUAUUAAAUACCCAUUUUGUCGGCACACAUUUAAUAAAUUUCGCCUACCAUUAUUAACUUUUAUUAUGUUUAUAUUUGUUGUGCCAAUUCCAUUUGAUUUCGUUUUUUAUACAAGCGGUACAAUACAUUGCGAAGCAUUCAAUACAGCAGAGGCUGAUCGUUAUCAAAUAUUUCGUGGAUUUUUCACUGUAUUUUCAUAUGCUAUUCUGCCAUUUGCUGGAAUAUCAAUAAGCAAUUUAUUAAUUAUAAUAGAACUUAAAAAAUCUAAACAACGUUUUAUGGUUAAAGGCAAAAAUGGAACAAUGAGACGUUUUUCUACACACGUAGGGGAAAAACGUGGUACAACAGUCAUGUUACUUGUCGCUUCAUUUGCAUUUCUUGUUCUACUCGGCCCAUUCUAUAUACACUGGUGUGUGGCAUAUCUAUUUAAUGAUUAUCCUCAGUGCCAUUUUACACGAAAUCUAUACGAAAAUGUGCAAGUUUGCAUGGGCGUAUUUCAUCCAUAUUUAACCGUCAUUGAAAAGGGCAUGCGUGAAUCUAAUCAUGCUAUUAACUUUCUUCUCUAUUGGGCAACAUCGACACGUUUCCGCGCAGAUUUUGAACGUAUAUGUCGCCGUUCGUUCUAUCGUAUAUUCGGUACCGCUAUAAUAUUUUUAUUUAAACAUAUAUGUUUUUGUUGCACAGUCCCGUCAUGCCUGGCCGCACUCGAACGGCAUGUGUCAGAUACAACAGAUGUCGAUUCAUCGUAUGAAACGUUCCGCAAGAAUCAAAUGGCUUAUAAAACGUCCCAUUACUAUUCAAAUUUCGAACGGCGGCGACAACAGCAACUAGUUCAAGCCACAUUAUUGAAUAGUUCAAUAUCAACAGAUGCAAAUCUAUCUCCGACAGCUUCAUUUCAUACACUAGCAGAAAACACAUCUAAAACGGUACGAAUACUAACAUGGAAUCCACAUGAUCCGAUGAUACGCCGAUUGGAAAACAAACGCCAAGCGACUAGUCUAUCUAGACAUCUUUCAACAUCAAACGCUGUUUAA